GAUAUCCGGUCGGAUCUUGCUUUCCAAGUUGUGGGAUUUUGGUGGGCUUUAUUUUUGCCUUUUCCCACCUCUCCUUCCUCCUCCCACUAUAUAUUUUCAUAACAAAAUAAUACACACGCAAACACAUAUAUAUAAUACAUUCACAGAACACCACCCUCCAACCCAUUCCAACCUUCUUUCUUUCUUUCCAAAUCAACAUCUUCUUCUUAUUAUUAUUUCUUCUUUUUGGGAUCAUGAGUGUUGUUGUUGCAGAAUCAAAGUACCAUGUUCUGGCUGUAGAUGACAGCCUUAUUGACAGGAAACUAAUUGAGAGGCUUCUCAAGACUUCAUCUUAUCAAGUAACCACAGUGGAGUCAGGAAGCAAAGCUCUGGAGUUUCUUGGAUUGAAUGAUGAGCAGAGCAAUAACAACAGCACUGCUUCUGUUUCUCCCAAUAAUGAGAUUGAGGUCAAUUUGAUUAUCACUGAUUAUUGCAUGCCUGGGAUGACUGGGUAUGAUCUGCUCAAGAGAGUCAAGGAAUCAUCAUCUCUGAAAGACAUACCAGUUGUGAUAAUGUCUUCUGAGAAUGUUCCAUCCAGAAUCAACAGGUGUUUGGAAGAAGGAGCAGAAGAAUUCAUUCUCAAACCUGUCAAGCUAUCAGACAUGAAAAAGCUCAUACCUCAUAUAAUAAAAGGCAAACUCAAAGAAGAACAACAAACACAACAGCAGGGCAUCAACAGUAACAAGAGAAAAGCCAUAGAUGAGACUUUAUCUGCUGAUAAUAGACCAAGAACUAGAUUCUCAAAUUCUACCACCAAUGGUUUGACAGUUGUGUGAAAAUCUCAAAAAAUAAGAAAAAAAAGGUUUAAUUUUUUUUUUGGUUAUCGCAACAUGUUCUUUUCUGAUGAAUGAUGUCAGGGAAAUCUAAAUAGAUGCAACAGCUAUUCAAUUACAGUUUUGCUGUGCUCAUGGGCAUACCUACUCAAGAAAAUGUAAAUAAUGCUCAAAGGGAAUGAUGCUGGUGAUUGUUAGGUGCUCUAUUUCAAAUCCAAUAUCUUCUAUUUAUUUA